AUGGAGUCCAACUGCUCUGUGGACCUGUGGGCGGAGCCUAUGGACGUGUUCAAUUUCAGCAACACCUCGUUCCUGGAUUUGGACGAGCUGGACUCGACGUUCACGUGGAAAGAGUACCUAAAGAUGAGUGUCUACCUAGUUACCAUCGUGGCCGCACUGGUUGGCAACUUCGCGGUCAUCGUGACCGUGGUGACCAACCGCGUGAUGCGCACCACCAUCAACUACUACCUGCUCAACCUCGCGGUCGCCGACACACUCAUAUGCAUCUUCUGCAUGUGGGUGCACUUCGUCAACAGCCUGUCCACAUUCUACGUGCUCGGAUCCUUCAUGUGCCGCUUCGAGGGCUUCGCAAAGAGUGAGCAUCCUUCUCAGUUUACAUCACUCGUUUUCGCGAUGACGGUCAAGUGA